CAUCAACAAUGAACUGACGCUUAAUAAUAAUAAUGAACCCAUAAUCAAAGAAAAAAUGACUAACGUUAAAUUAAAACUCAUGUUCUUCCUUCUAAACGCUUUGCUGACAGCAGACAUAGUCCACGCCCGACCAUACUCCGACAUGAACAACACAGAUAUUGUCAUAAAAUUCGGUAACAAUAACACUUUUAAUUUACCCAUCGAUCCUAACUCUGAUACACUCAUCGUAGCUGAAGAGACAGAUGAAGAAAUUAGAGAAACGGACAGAACAUCCAAAUCUGAACUUGAAGGUCUUAUGAAUGCCGAGCAAGGCAGAGACGAAGACCUAUCAAAAAAAGUGAUGAGAGACCAGACAAAGACCAUGGAUAUACCAAACGGAGAAGGAGGUAAUGUCGAAAAACAAAUGAACAUAUCAAGUAGUCUUCUAGACGAUAUAAUAAAUUCAGAAACAGACAGAGAAGAUACAAUUACUGACAUACUAUUUAGGCCAGAAUCCGAGUUCGCGGAAGACAUGCCAAAAUUUGAAUUUUUGAUAGCAGCAAAAAUAAAUGAGAGUGACUUUUUAAAUAGAAGUGUUAGUGAGAUAGAAAGGGACAGGAACAGUAGUGAUGUGCUGAAAAAGGUGGAUUAUGUGGAGCUGGUAGAGGUGGCUAAGCCAUCGAAGGAGAACAGGAGUGCGCUGAUAAUGAACAUCACUGGACAUGAAGUGGACAACGAUCUGGCUCCUGAUACGAUUUUGUCUGUGUUCUCAGGCUACUCGGACGUGCAGACCCUCUUCCUGGCCUGCUUCGGGACGCUGCUGCCGCUGUUAGCUGUUCUCUUUGCUACGCUGCUCAUCAGAUGUCUCUGUCGUCGCUACUGCCCCACCUUCUGUAAGAAGCACACAGGCUCCACAACUUCAGAGAGCAGCGAGAAGCAGGACAAUAACCACCAACAGAGAGAUAGCCUGUGCCCCAGUAGUGGGAACAUUAAAAUGGCUGAUGAUGAUGAUGAUAAUGAUGGUGAUGAUGAGAACUUUCCCAUUUCUUGGGAUCUAUAUUUUUUUAUCGGGCGGCCCCUUUCUUUGGCCUACACAUAG